AUGGCUUUUUUAGACGAAGACGGCAUUGAUUUAUUUGUAGAUGAAGCUUACCUUUUAGCCUUAAUCAAUGAAGAACCCAUCCCCAUUUCCGAUGAAAAAUACGCUCUUGAACUUACCCUUCAAGAAGCUAUCUAUUCUUCUUCUUCUUUUUCUCCUAUCCCUCCUUUGCUUUUAAGUCCCAAAAAAAAGAUUAAAACAGAGAUCAAAUCAGAGAUCAAAACAGAGAUCAAAACAGAGUAUGAUGAACAGUACAAAGAAAUGGGUGAAUCCUCUAAAACACACCUUAUUUUCUGUGGAAUUUGCAUGGAACACAAAUCCUAUUCAGAAAUAUUCAUGGGCUUAUCAAAAUGUACCCACACAUUUUGCAUUGAUUGUGUUCUAAAAUACAUGGCAUCAAAAAUCAAUGAAAAUAUUGGUUCAGUAAAAUGCCCAGACCCGAAAUGUAAACAAGUAUUUGAACCCGAAAAAUGUAGUUCAAUUUUACCAAAAGAGAUAUUUGAGAGAUGGGAAAAUGCAUUAUUUGAAGCAAUGAUUCCUGGGUAUCAGAAAUUCUACUGUCCUUAUAAAGAUUGUUCUGCAUUAAUGGUUGAUGAUGGAGGAAUAGAAGUGAGAUCAUCUGAGUGUCCUAGUUGUAAGAGAUUGUUUUGUGCUCGUUGUCAGGUUCGUUGGCACGAGGGAAUCACGUGUGAGGAGUUUGAUGCUUUGGGGACAGAUGAAAGGGAUAAAGAUGAUGUUAUGGUGUUUAAGAUGGCUAAGGAUAAUAAGUGGAGAAGGUGCCCAAAUUGUAGGAUUCAUAUUGAGAAGACUCAAGGGUGUCAACAUAUGAGUUGCAGUCUGAAGGCUAGUGCUCGAAGGAACAUGACUUCUUAA